AGUUGCACUAGCAUAUAGACUGCAGCAACCGGAGACAUGCUAGCUAGCUGUAAGUCACAGCCCCGGCGUCUAUGAGACUAUGACCCGUGCGACCCGUGAGCAAGCACAAACCCGUACACCCUAGAUUUAGCUCAAAUUCCAUUCGUGCAGACGGGGGUGUUUUGAGUAAUAUUCAGUGAGCCCAGUGAUUACGUAAAAUAAGGAGACUGUGUUACAGAGGAACAACUCUGCAAGCGUAAUCAUCCAGUCGGCGAGUCGCCGACUAAUAUUUAACGCGACCGACAGAAUGCAGGAGCUUGUAGAUGCAUUCUCACGCUUAGUCACGAGCUUUUCCAAACGGGACUUACCGACCUCGUCCAUAUCGCUGAUUUCGCAUGCGCAUGGAAGACAGCGUCGCGAGGAGCGCGGCAUCGAGCGCCGUGAACUGCAAGAGGCAAUCAAAUACGGUCGGAAGGAGCGCGCGAAUCCCGGUCGUGAUGGCAAGCCGCGCUGGCGGUACACCCACAAGGGAGUAGUUUACAUCACGGAUGAAACCAGUCGUCACGAGAUCACCAGCUGGCGACUUGACGACGCCCUAGAGGCGCCGCCCGCUCCCCUGGGCCCCGGCGGCGGCGGGGGUGCUGGCACCUCCCAUGUGGUAGUCAUUGUGGACAGCAGUGGUUCCAUGCGCAAGGAGGAUGUGCCCGGCUACACCAGCCGUACGGCAGCUGUGUACGACUGCCUGGCUCGGGACCUGGUGGAGCCCCAGCUCAAGGCGGGGGGCGCCGACAUCGAGGUCUCCCUAAUUGAGAUGUCGGACGAGGCCCACGUGGUUCUUGAGCGGGCCGCGCUGGACUCGCACCUCCUGCAGCUGCUCAAGGCGCGCGCCACCUCCCGCGCCCGCUCCCACGGCAACUACCUGCCCGCCCUGGACGCCGCACUGGACCUACUGGCGGGCGACGCGGCGCGCCAGUCCCAGCUAUUCCUGGUGUUCCUAAGUGACGGGGCGCCCAGCGACCACACCGAGAUGGCCUGCACCCACGGCUACUACGUCUGGCAACCCGACUACAACGCCCAAGGGACGUACGGGGGCCGGGGCCAGGGCCGAGGCAAGCAGCCGCUGCAGCGCUGCCCCAUCUCCAACGCCUGCCGCAAUGAGGUGCGGCGGGCGGUGGCGGAAGAGUGCGUGAGCCGGGUGCGGAGGCUGGGCGACUUGCUGGGGCGGGAGCGGGUGUUUGUGGGUACGGUGGCGUUCGGGCCGCCAGAUGAGGACUACUCAGUGCUUCAGAAGAUGGCGGCAGCACUGCCUCGCAGCUCCUUCCAGAAGCUGGGCCUCUCCGUCAACUGCCUGCGCACCGCCUUCACCUCCCUCACCUCCUCCCUCACAACGCUGAGAACUGAGGCGGGUGGCGGGGGCGGCCACCUCACCCUCCGCACCGAUAUUGCCAAGCGCGGCGAGCGGCAGACGUACGAGGAACGCACCACCAUUGCUGACGGCGACGGCUGGGACCUCUACUGCGGCUCCAAGUGUCUGGCCAAGCGUAAGUACAACCCGAACACCCGAAGCAUGGAGGACGCGCCCUUCAUGGAGUCGGAGCUGGUUCGGGGCUGGGAGCGCAGCUACCCCCGGCUGCAACGCGGCAUUGCGCACCGCAUGUACAAGUUUGGUGAGGGCGCUGAGCGGGUGGUGUUUCAGUGCACGGAGGUGGUCAGCUUUGACGGCGGCGUGACGGCGGUGUGUGUGGGGCCGCGGCUGGUGGCCAAGUCCACUCGCUUCAAGCAGCACCUGGAGGAUGCCAGCUUUCAUCGCACCUUCUGCAAGACGCAGGGCGAGGCCGAGGAGUUGGCUCAGCUGUUCAACCGGCGGCUUGCUGGCGGGCCCGCCUGGCAGGUGCACUUCCUGCCGUGCGCGGUGUACACCAUCCUGGACUGGCGCUACAGCAUCAGCAAGCGCGGAGUGCUGGACAUUCUGGUAGAGGAGGAGCUGGAGGGCAAGUUCACAAAGUGGAACAACAACGCGGGCGGGGUGGCCAAGGGCAUGCAGGGCGUGGACAACUCGCUGCUUGGGGUGAUUGCGGAGGGUGACGAGGAGGAGGACGAGGAGGGCGGCGAGGAGGAGGUCAGCUCCGGCGCAUCCCAGGGCGCAGUGGAGCACGUGCCGCAGUGCUUCUCGCACUUCACCUACUACGUGACUGGCGGCAGGAAGCUGGUGUGUGACCUGCAGGGUGUGUGGAACCCGGUGGACGGCUUCACCAUGACUGACCCCGUGAUCCACCACUCCUCCGGAAGCAAGCACAACGGGGCCACGGACAAGGGGCCGGAGGGGUUCCGCUCCUUCUUUAAAACGCACGAGUGCAACGCGCUGUGCAGGCGCCUGGGCCUGCCGCGGGGGCCCUAGGGCGCCAGUGGUGCGCGGCUGCCACAAGAAACAGGCAGGAGCGUGUGGUGACGUUUGGGGCUGUUGAUUUCCCAGCAAUCAUUACGCCCGCUGCAGACUACUAGUGAUUGUCCUAAAUUACAAGUUUCCGGUUCUGAGAAAGGCAACCGAGAAGGGCGCAUGGAGCUAUUGUAGGUGAGCCGUGUAGUCAGUUCGCUGGUAUUAAGACUCAGCAGACGGGUGCGCUUAAUAUUGUCUAUCGCACGUAUUGACGCAAUUCAUACUGUAGAUUCACGUAGGGUAUUGUACAUAUGGGUCUGCACUCGCCGUUGCUGUGCGCCGCGUGUGCUGCUGUGAGCCCCGCUAUUGUAUUGACGCGAGCAGGCAGGCGCGCUGUCUCAACACCUGUCAAUGUACGUACGUGUGAGCUGUGCAGGGAGGUGUUUGGAUUCGUAUUGAUGCAGUGGCGGCUGCAGUUGGUCAGGUAUACUUACCCGGUAUUUAAGACAGAACAAGCCUGCCAUCGAGGCACACCUCCAGCCGAGUCGCUGUGUCGUUAGGGCCCGUUUGUAGCCUAGGGACUCCUAACUAUGAGCGAUUCUCUCAGUUGCUAGGUCUCAAGGGGUUAAAUAGAGUGACCAAUUAACGUCCGACCUGUAUAUUUGAUUGCUGGUACAGCUGGUGCCGCUACUUGUGCGUUGUGGUGUCUAACCGACGCUGGCCGGUGCUUCCUUUGCGUUGACUACGGGGUCAUGGCGUGGGGCGGCUUGCCGCUGCUGCCUCCUUGUUUCUUGUGUUCACUAAAGCGUGGCCGGUGGGACGGCUGGAGAAGAGCUGACGCAUUUGAAAAACAACACGUCGUUCAAGAGCCCUGUCUUUAUGUGCGCUGCCGUAACACGCUUCCCACA